AUGCAUCUCGCCCCUGACAACACGGGGUUAUGGGGGAUUCAGCAGACAGAAGACGCUGCGAGAACCGUGUCGGCCCUGUUACAGGAGGAUAUGGAGAAACAUCACUGCUUCUUCAACUUUCAGGGGUUCCACAACCAUAUUCCUCACCACCUGCUAGCCCUUUAUGGCACAGGUGCUCGGCCAUCCUCUCUUCACGCCGCUUACAAACGGAACGAGUCCUAUCAGCGUUCAACCCUUCCUCAGCAUACCCCAAAGGACCCCUCCCAAGCUUCUUCCGAGCCCCUGUUCUUGACUCCCUUUCCGGCAGCAGCGCUUGAGCGGGGCUACCUUAGCAAUGAAGCUUACUACCCUGACUUUCUUCGAUUCUUCCAGGGCGAGAUAGGUCGUUCCAUCAGGGAGGGGAAAGACUGGAGGAAGGAAGUGGUUACGAAGUACUUGUUCAAUGAGGACGAGAUGCUUGCAAGAUUGUUUGCGGGGUUCCUGCAUCCGGCGAUUCAGCUUAUGUGUGGGUUGGAAUGGUAUAGGAAUCAAGAACCCAUCGUAGCCGAAGCGCUCGCCCAAACGGCAGUACACUCUUUCGAAACAGCAGGUCCGUACUUGAUGAGCGCCGAAAAAGCAGCUUCCUCCCAGAAGCCGUCGAAUGGAUCAUGGAGCAUCCUGGGUCUGCUUGGAUCUAUCCGCAAUAACAAAGCCCUUACCCACUCAGCGCACAAUGAAGAUGAGAAUAAGAUCCGUGACGGAGUACUCAAACGUGCGGGCGACCAGAUGAUCCAUCUUGCGUCACAAGUAAAGGUACGUCCGGAGGAAGUGGAGGAACGGACGGCAGAGAUGUUCAAUGCUGCUGUAUUUGUGGCAGCAGCGGCGGCGGUUGCUCAGGAGGGGAAACAGCCAAAGUUUGAUUUCUUCUUGAUGCAUCACGUAACCUCAGGUCCUCUCUUCGCUACCCUCAGCACAGCCAACUGGAUCUCUCCUGAGACGAAGGCUCGUAUUCUUGAGUGGAAGAUUCGCAUGGAUCUUCUGCAGUACGUGGCACGAGGUUGUCCAGAACUGUCACUUAAGAAGCUCCAAGCAUAUCGGUCACGCAAGCCAGAGGCUGGAAGCCAGUCUUUACCUGAUAUUAUUGCCCGUUUGCACAACUUCCCAGACGACGGCCAUGCUAUCAAGCUUGGACGGGCUGCUGUAGUAUGCCGCAACCUUUGCAAGAAGUAUGAAGAGAGCAAUACCAGCGACCGCUUACCAAUCAAAGGCGAUGACGUCUGGGCUAAGGUUUGUUAUUUGAUUGUCGACUCAGUUGAAGCCCCGGGGCCCCAUUGGGUGCGAAGUACGGGGUUUGAGGAGGCUUGGAAAGUAGGCUACAAUAACUCCAGUGGUCUGGGUUGGUAUGGCACGAUGCUAAUUUAA